AUGUCCGAGGCCAAGAACGACCCUGAGUUGGCCUCCUUUCUCGCGGUCAUGGGCGCCUGGGCCGCCACGGUCUUCAGCGCCCUGGGUGCGGCCUAUGGGACAGCCAAGAGUGGCACGGGCAUCGCGGCCAUGUCCGUCAUGCGGCCAGAGCUGAUCAUGAAGUCCAUCAUCCCAGUGGUCAUGGCUGGCAUCAUCGCUAUCUACGGUCUGGUGGUGGCAGUCCUCAUCGCCAACUCCCCGAAUGAUGACAUCAGUCUCUACAGGAGCUUCCUCCAACUGGGCGCGGGCCUGAGGGUGGGCCUGAGCGGGCUGGCAGCAGCCUUUGCCAUUGGCAUUGUUGGGGACGCCUGCGUGCAGGGCACUGCCCAGCAGCCUUGGCUAUUUGUGGGCAUGAUCCUCAUCCUCAUCUUCUCUGAGGUCCUUGGCCUCUAUGGUCUCAUCGUCGCCCUCAUUCUCUCCACAAAGUAGCCUCUCCAAGCCCACCAGCCACAGAAUAUGAUGUAAAGACCACCCCCUCCUCAUUCCAGAACAAACAGCCUGACACACUUGCACAGGGCAGCUGUCCCCCCAGUAGCUAGUUUUGUAAAUGCGCAGGGUCCUAGUGCCAGUUGU